CAUAUUGAAACCAAUGUAAACAUCGUUGAUCAGAAGAAGCACUGACCCUUGUUUGUUAAGUGGAAAAUUACCACAGAUAUAGACUCAAAGGACUUUGUAAUGUAAUGCAGCACUUUGUCUCAGGUGUUCAACCGUCGAGUAAUCGAUGAUUCUUGAAAUGACUUGUAUAAAUAGACCUAUCUUUGCCGGCUUUAUGCUGUAGAUCUACUCCUGGGGUACUACUGGUACAUGUAAUGGUAUUGGCGUCCGACGGUGCACUUGGGCGCAGGCAGUUGAAGAUUUAAUAUUUUGCAAUGUGCAUGUGCGAUGCACCCUUGGAUAACUAACGAAAUUCUAUUUCAAAGUUGAUGCAGGCCCAAUGUGCUGGUAGACAUACCAAAAGUCAGCGACGGGCACUUGGCUUAAGGUGCACCUAAAAGUUUUAGAUAAUUGUAUUCGAAUGACUGAAUCAGUGAAUUUACCUGAAUGAAGACUUGGCAUGUAUAGUUUCGUAUCCCGAGAUGACGGAAGCAGUGUGUACAGUGCAGUCUCAAGCAUUCUACUUGAAACCAGGGGAAAUGUGUGGAAACGCGUGGCAAGGGAAAGCCCAAAAUUCAAUCUUAUGCUGGGGGAGAGAAACGGAUUGCCAUAUGGAAGACUGGGUAUUUAGUACACAUACACCGGUACAUCAUACUGGCCAUGAACCUGGGUUCGUUCAGAUUGUGAAUUAUUAUAGAGGCUCGGGAUGUCUGUGUAGGAAAACUUCCAUGGUCAGCACACUUUGUAAACAGUGGAAGGAGACGGGUCAAGAGCCUUUUGAAUGGUUACCACCAUCCUUUAUAUUAUAUCCUAAUAUUACACCAGAGCAAGAAGAACAAUCAGACUUGAAAUCAUUUAUAGCUCAAAAGAAAAGAAGCAUCAAAACAGAUGAGAGAGAAGAAUUUAAACAAUAUUUUGAGAGAGUAAGGUCAGAAGGAAAAGGCUGCAUUUGGAUUGUGAAAUCAGCUGCUGGAGCUAAAGGUCAAGGUGUGUUGAUAUCAAGUGAUGUGGAAGAAAUUCUCCACUUUACAGAUUCAAAAUCACAAGCUCAUAUAGUUCAGAAGUACUUGGAAAAGCCUCUGUUGCUUUCUGGAGACAGGAAGUUUGAUAUCAGAUCUUGGGUCCUGGUUGACACCCAGUUUGAUAUCUAUUUGUACAAGGAAGGUGUACUGCGCACGUCCUCAGAGCCCUACAAUGCCACAGACCUGACAGACCUGACCAGCCAUCUCACCAACCAUUGCCUGCAGGAACACUCACAAAACUAUGGCAAAUAUGAGGAAGGAAAUGAAUUGUUUUUUGAUGAGUUUAACAGAUAUCUCCAAAGUCAGCACUCUGUGACCUUGUCAGCCAGUAUUCUACCUCAGAUUGAGAACAUCAUCCUUGAGUGUUUCAAAGCAUGCAAGGAACACUUGUCUACAGCUGGUUUUGCCUAUAAAAGUUUCCAGUUAUUUGGAUUUGACUUUAUGAUCGAUGAAGCUUUCAAAGUCUGGCUGAUUGAAGUCAAUGGGUCUCCAGCAUGUGCAAAAAAACUUCUUCCUAGUUUAGCAGAAUCUUUAAUCCAAACUGCAGUGGACCCAGUCUUUCCCUUGAGCCAAGAACAACAGAUCACUGCCGAGAACCUUUUUACAAAGAUUAAUUAUAACCUAACACAAGAAACAUGUUGAGACACCGGUAUUAAGAGACAUCAGACAGCGAAUCUCUACUGAGAAUCUCUUUACGUAUAUUACAUCUGUUAUAAUUCCUUGCUUAAGGCAACUCCAAAUAAUCCGUUGAAAAUGUGAUAAGCAACAUGCAGGACAACUAAAAGAUAACAACAACACACGCACAUUAGAAAAAGAGACGAAAACGGACAGCAUACUGCAGAAAAGAAGAGGGAGAAAUGACAAUGCAAUGGACGUACACGUAUGAGCUACGUAGAACUUCUCUCAUCGCAUCUACCACAAUACGCACUUUUGAAUUUGUA